GCCAUCAGAAGGAGGAAGACGUGGACUGAAGCUCUCAGUUAGACGAACUAAAAUCUCGGUCAGAGGGACAGUAACUGGUGAGUUUUACCAUCAAAUAAACCGUUUGCGAUCGGAGAAAAUGGCAGAGAAAAUAGCUCUAGUUGAGAACUACCUGAGCUGUCACGUUUGUUCAGAGACUUUCAAAGAUCCUGUAACUCUGAAGUGCAACCACAACUUCUGCUCCAGCUGCCUGCAAGAGUUCUGGAGACAAAAUCAAAACCAAAACUGUCCAAUCUGUAAGAGAAAAUGCUCCAAAAAUCACCCCCCCGUGAACUUCAGCCUGAAGGAACUGGCCGACUCGUUUGCUGGAAGACCAAAAUCUAGAUCAUCAGAGACUGGAAAGCAUGGCAUGGAGGUCUGUCUGAAACAUCCAGGAGAAGUUAAGCUGUUCUGUAAAGACGAGCAGAGACCUGUGUGUCCCGUCUGCGAGUUCUCUCAGCACCAGAGUCACAAAGUGGUUUCUGUAGAAGAAGCCGUCAGAGACCUGAAGGAGGAGCUGAAAUCAGACAUCAAGUCUCUGACGGACAAGAGUGACGUAUUCAGAGGAGUGGAGGAGAAGUUUGAACUUGUGAUUCAACACUUUGAGAGGCAGCAGCUGACUGCGGAGAGACAGAUCCGAGCAGAGUUCAACAAGCUCCACCAGUUCCUGAGGGAGGAGGAGGAGUCCAGAGUGUCCGCUCUGAGGGAGGAAAAGGAGCAGAAGAGGAAGACUGUGGGCAGAGCGAUGAAGAAGAUCCAGGACCAGAUGUCCUCUCUGUCAGAAAGCAUCGCUGCUAUUAAAGCAGAGCUGCAGAAAAGCGAGGAGGCGUUCCUCUCCACUUAUAAAGGUGUUCAGAACCGAGCCAGAACCCAGAGCACGCUGACAGAACCUAGGCUGCUCUCAGGAGCUCUGAUAGAUGUGGCCAAACAUGUGGGCAACCUGUCCUUCAGAGUCUGGGAGAAGAUGAGGGAGAAGGUCCACUUCCACCCGGUCCUCCUGGACCCGAAGACUGCACACGGAUCGCUUCUUCUGUCUGAGGAUCUGACCGGUGUGGAACACAGAGAAACUUCCCAGGAGCUUCCAGGCAAUCCGGAGAGAAACUCUGGAUAUCCCGACGUUCUCGGCUCGGAAGGCUUCAGCUCCGGGAGACACAGCUGGGAGGUGGAGGUGGGAGAUCAUCCUUACUGGAUUAUUGGAGUAGUUAACGAGUCGAUCAACAGGAAGGGGAAGCUGGUUGCUUCACCAGAAUGUGGAAUCUGGUGUCUAUCUUACCGGAAUGGAAAAUACACUCGUGCCGGCGGUAAGACUGUCAUUGUGAAGAAGAGUCUGCAGAAGAUCAGUAUCCAGCUGAACUACGAAAAAGGAAAAGUGACCUUCUCCAGCUCUGAAGACAUGACGGACAUCUGCUCUUACAAAGACACUUUCACUGAGAAACUUUUUCCGUAUUUCUUUGUCGGAAAAACUGGAACCGCAAAAACUUCUGGACUCCGAAUCUGCCCGACGCAGAUUUGUCAGUGA